UAGCAGUCACAAGAUAGAAACAGUUAUACAAAAGAUUACCAGAAUCACUAUGAUUAGAAGCAGUGUCAUGUUUAGAACAUUUGCUCUAUUGAGUUUAUAUUUUGUCUACCCAUCACAACAAGCACGUACUACAACUGAACGACCUGUCAGUCAAAAGGAUGCCUGCUCUUUCUGGAGUAACUUUACAAGUCAGAUGAAUAAUGUCUACAAAACAUACAACUACCUUAAUUAUAACUGCACAUAUGAUCCACAAAAAUGUAAUGGAGCAGACUGCACUGGUUCCAUUUAUUACAAGGUGCUAGAUAAAGAAGUGAUCAAUGUAUCGUUUUGUUUUGGGUUGAGAAUCAAUCAUUGUGACCACCCUAACAUAUCUAUGGAUAUAUAUUAUGCUGACCCAAAAAAUUCCUCGGUUUCAUUUACUGACCGAAUACAUCACAAUGAUAAGAAAGAGAUCACAAGUUUGAAGAUGGACUUAGCAAGUAUAGGGACUGCACAACCAUUCCUUUUCUUUCACCUGACCAAACCAGUCCCACAUCAUGUACUGUUUGGGAUAAGAUUAAAAGUUCGACUGACAUCAAGUUUUUUGGGUAUUGAAUCUUGGCCUUCACAGUACCAACAAGAUAUCGUUCCAAAAACAGAAAUUCCUGCUACCCCAUGUCCUAGGGGUGUAAAAACAACCUCACCUCCUCUUACUGCUGCCACAUGUGUGCACAACCCUGUAAUGAUUCCUCGUACAACAGCUGUGCCAUUUCCAAUCAAAUCUCCAUCUUACAACAAAGCAUGUGAUCUAUCUGCCUUUGACAGCUGUACUAGUGGUCCGAAUGAAAAGUGUAAACAGAAAAAUGAGACCCAUGGAAUUUGUGUAUGUGUUGAUGACCACAUUCUGAGCCCCAAUACGGGUACUUGCUCAGGAAAUCAAGUUACCCCUCAUUGGAUUUUUGGUCCCAUUACCACUGCUUUACCUGCUGUUAUCCCUCAUAGUCAGCCACAGACAGGGAACAAGUCCACAUCUGUCAGCAAAUCAGUUCUGAUUGGUGGAAUAGUUGGAGGUAUUAUAUUUAUAGCCAUAAUUGGAGUUGUUGUGGUUGUGGCCUGCAAACGUCAUCACAACAAUAGACAGUACAUAGGACGCCUCUUAUUGGACACAGAUGAAGACACUGAUAAUGUUAUAUAAAUGAAAAGGAGGCUUGGAGAUGAAAAGGAGGCUUGGAGAUGAAAAGGAGGCUGAG